CCACUUCCCUGAGCCCCCCGAGGCUGCGGGAGGCUGGGCCGCGUCUUGCCUGCCUGGCCCCGCUGCUCCCGGCCCUGAAGACAAGGCUCGGCCAAGCUGUGAGGGAGGAGGGGAGGGGGAGAGAGACCCCUCCCAGGAGAGACUCCGGGGGAUCAGAUGCUGGGCUCAACCAUUGAGAAGCCCUUUUCAGCUGGGGCAGAGAGGCAGCCUCUGGGGGGCCUGGGGGCAGACCCAUGGCUUCCCUCCAGCGCUCUCCAUCCAGGGCCACCAAGGACGCCUAGUUCUGGAUGGCGCUCUUGGUCCGGCUCUCCAGCUGCUUCCCCCCAAGGUCCCCCCCACCGGUCAGCCCAGCCAGCCCUCCCUGAUGGCCCUCGGGACCCAGAAGUGCCCUCUCUGAAGCCCAUCCGACGUUUCUUCCCUCCGUCCUGGAGGAACACUUUUGGGAGACGGUCCCGAGAAGAACCUUCUCCCUUGGCCCCCUCCUCAGCGCUCCCAAACUCCCCACCCGCAAAUCCAGGUCUGGAGGGUCCCGAGAGAACCAGCUUGGCUGGGGAGGAUGGUUCCACCAGUAGCGAGAAGACGACUGAGGAAGAUGGUAAGGAACCCCCCUCAGAUGCCACCACCUCUUCCAAGUCUGGAAAGUCCAUGACAGUCACUAGCCACGGAGGGGCCUCCGCAGCUCCACCGGGAUAUGAGGAGAAGCUGGGGGCUUACGACCGCAAAUACAGCUACCUGAAAUCCUGGCCUGGCCUCCUGAGGCUUCUUGGGGGGCUGGAGCUCAUUUUGGGUGGGAUGGCCUUUGCUUGCACCGCGGCUUACAUCCAGAAGGACUAUCAGUGGUCCCAACUUUAUGGCAACAGCUUCACCGGAACGGACUACGGCUACUACGUCCCGAUGACCCCGUUUGUGCUGGUGGUGGCCAGCCUGGUGUGGCUGCUGACGGUCAUCCUGCUGGCCCUGGGGGUGACCAUGCACUACCGGGCCAUCCUCCUCAACUCCCACUGGUGGCCGCUGGCCGAGUUUGCCCUCAACCUCUCCAUGUUCCUGCUCUACCUGGCGGCCGCCAUCGCCUACGUCCACGACAUCAACCGGGGCGGCCUCUGCUACUCGGCCUUUGCCUACGGCCCCCUCAUCACGGCUCUGUGCCAGGUUGAAGGGGGGCAAGUGGCCGCCCUGACCUUCCUCUUCCUUGCCCCCUUGCUGUACCUGACGGGCUCCCUGGUGUGUCUCAAGAUGUGGCGGCACGAAGCGGCCCGGAGGAUGCUGCUCCGGCUGAAGCCGAUUCUGCUGCCAGGUGCUUCUCCUCAGCACCUGAGGACCCCCCGGGCCCAGGGACGUCCAGCCGGCCGGGGCUCCAGGCGCGUCGUGUUCUACGAGGAAGGAGGCCCAGAAGUCCUCAACAGCGCCAUCCCGGUGGGGCAUAACCCCAGACCACUUAUCGUCCCCGAUUACAUUGUGAGGUACCCGGCCAUCGGGAGUCCGGCCGAGCGUGAGAAGUACACGGCCAUCUUCAAGGAUCAAUAUCCGGAGUACCAGGCUCUCGUCCGCGAAAUCCACGCCACGAGGCAGAGAUUUAAAGAGCUGGAUGCCCUGAUGUCCAGAUUGCCAGCCCAUCCGCAGAAUAAAGAGGAGCAAAGCCGUGUCUCGGCUGUCUGGAGGGCCUACAGAGGCAAGAAGAAGGACCCCUCCUUCCUGGAGAAACAGGAGCGCUGUGACUACCUGAGGAGGAAGCUCUCCCACCUCAAGGCUCAGAUCCAGACCUUUGACGCUGACCGGAGCCAGUCGUCCGUGACCCUUUGACGAGGGGCCUGAAGACCAGCCCGGCCGUGGAGAAUGGGCUUCGGACAUCGGAUGGCAGACCCAGCAGCCCUUUGGGGAAGGGGGAAGAAGGAAGAGGAGGGGGAAGAGCCGCCCAGGGGGGGGGAGGGGGCUCCUUCACAGGGGUGACAGCUGCCCUAUGGGGAGCGCUGGGGCCCUCCUGGAGGAAGCUCUCUAUGGGGUGGAGGCCCUCCUGGUGGGGUGGGAGCAACCUGCAUGUAGCCCCCAUGGGCAGCUGCCCCAUCCGUCCUGAGGCUCCUUCCCCAGGUUGAAGGUGGCUCUUUGGGGGGCUUUAUGCCUUCGCCCACCCCCAACAGGAAAAGGGGGGUAGAUGGGGGCUCUUCCCCGGAGCCUCGGGGCACAGAACCGGCCCCGUUUCCAUCUUGUGCAGCGCCUCGCACCAAUUUUCGAGAAUAAAGAGUGGGCUGAGGAGACCAAAA